UAUAACAAUAUUACCAGCUGCCUAGCCCAGAUAUUGCCUUAAAACUUCAACAGUUUUGUAAAGUUUAAUGUUUUUUGUUUCUUAUACAUAACUGUGUUCUAAUUCUUCUGAACCGAUUAACUUUUAAGCUGUCUUAAUUUUCUGUUUUGGCUGAUUAUUAAUGAGCAAUUCAACAAAGCCAAGAAUGAGAUCCAUGUCUUAUUUGGCUUAUGACAGAGGUUGAAAAUCUUGAGAAAAAAAAAAAAGUCGUGUUUAUACAUACAUAUACAUAUAUAUAUUCAUAUAUACAUACACAUGGAAGUCGACAACGGUGAUCGGAAAAAGAAGGCAAAAAAUUCCGUGCUGAAAAAACUCGAGAGAUUUAUGUCGUUCGAUAGGCAAAAGAAGCCGCCUUCGUAUUCAUCCAACAAUAGCAUGUUCACCAAGAGCAGAUCAUGGCACAGCAGCAGCAGCAGCACUAAGAACAAGGCGAAAGAAAAGGCUCCGAUCGGGUGCUUCUCGGUGUACGUGGGCCCCGAGAACCAGCGGUUUGUGAUCAAGGCUGAAUGCGCGAACCACCCUCUAUUCAAGAUGCUGCUCGAGGAUGCCGAGUCGGAGUACGGUUUCAAAGUCGAAGGGCCUUUGCGUAUUCCUUGCGAAGUGGAUCUUUUCUGCAGGAUAUUGGCUGAAAUGGAUAGUAAUAUUUAUGGUGAUCAAGAAUCGGAUACUUUGGGUUUCGGGUGCAGCCCGUUCAGCCCGGCCCGACGAUCCGGUAAAGGCGGCACUGGUUACGGCCUUCUCACUCCGCCGCGCUUACUCAAGAUCAAUCACUUUUAAGGCCAUAUAUAUAUAUAUAUCGUGCAUCAUGUGAUGAAUGUAUGUUCUGAGAAAUCUUAGUUUUUAUGGUUAUUGAAUUUGAGUUA